CAAUCACGAGGAGAACAUGUUCGCUCCACACAGAAAGGUGCUGAGAUUUGAAUCAUCAACCUCAGAACCUUGACGCAAGCGUGCUAACCACUAGGACACAGUGCUGCCUGUCACCUAAUUUCUAUGUAUAAUAAAAAUAUUUUUGGAUGGUGUCUAAUAAAAUAUUGUAAUUUCUUGAGGUGGUGAAUUUCAGACUUGUAAUAACUAAGCUAUAAUUUUGCAGGUAUAAAUAUUGAUUGUAAUAUGAUAUAAAAUAUUGCAAUCUGAGUCGUGGAUCGAUGUAAUAUGAGUUUUCUACAACUAUUGAGGGUGCAGAGACAUAUUUUUAUUCAAUUAUUUGCAGAAUGCUGGGACUAAGAAAAUGGCGCCAUAAUAUCACUUGAUUUUGCACACAUUAUUUUAUAUUUGCUCUAGUUCUACAAAGACUGCAUUCCUGUAGCAUAAUUAUGCUAUAUUUAUUAAUUACCAAAUCCCAACAUGCAACACAUUCCGUCCGUUUUUUGUCAUAGUUUAGAUGACUAGAUGUAAUUUUAUAAAAUUCUGACCGUUCAUACAGAACAAGUUGAUGGUGGAGCGUGUAAUGACACUCCACGCCUGCUGAUGGCAGUACUGUAGUGCAAUUGAUUACGACCGUUGUCUCUUUCCCGGAAGUUGUGUAAAAAAACGCAAGGCAAAACGUUAGCAGUACGACGCGAGGUUGUUCAUCGCGAUGUUUUUGUGUUUAACGCAGCUAGCAGAGUAGUCCAAUUAUUUGCGUCCGACUAAAGUCGUCCCGGUGCAUUUUUCAGUUUCUUCUCAGCUAUUCUAGCUCGCCAGCGGCAAGCUAAGCUACACGUAAGUUAGCUAUCGUGUGAAAAUGUGUAAAGCGGAAAAGCUCAAAGCGUUGCUGAAUGCACGGCUGAGUGCUGCCGUCGAAGAAAUAUUUACAGCGUUUCAAAGAACGAUAGCAGAGUACGAGGAGGAACUUUAUCGAACUAAAGAGGAGAAUGAGAGACAACGUCAACAACUCGCCGCUGUUUCCAUGCCUCAAGUUGACUUACGCAAAACAGACGAAAAUGAAGAACAUCUUCCCCCAGAGCAGCAGAACGACCAGUCCAGGGUGUAUCCCGCCUUUAGCCCAAAGUCAGCUGGGACAGGCUGUAACUCACCCACCACCUUUUUGAGGAUAAGUGGUAUGGAAAAUAGGUGGAUGGGUGAGCAGCAGAAGUGGAACUUCGGGUUGGGGCAAGAGGAGCCAGAGACACCCCACGUCAAAGAGGAAGAGAACGCUACCGUUAUCACCAACUGUCUGCUGACCAGUGUCGCUUUGAAGACAAACGAUAAUGACGACAACGGUCUGAGGUCCCAGCUUCAUCCCAGGCAAAGUGAGGAGAACAGAUGGGCCGAGUCCCUGAGCAGCAGCUCAACUCAACACAUGAAAACGGAAGACGAUGGAGACCGAUGUGGAGGAUCACGAGCGGACGGCCUCUUAGCUCCGGUCUCGCUUGACACUGUUGAUGAACACUCUAAAGGUGAUGUGACGUGCCACACCGACAACACACACUGGAAAUGUUCUCAGUGUGGGGAAACCUUUGGUGCCAAGAAAAAUCUAAGAAGACACAUGAUGCUCCACACGGGAGACCAGCCUAUCAGUUUUUCUCAUUCCAAAAUAGUCUCUUCAAAGGGACAUUUAACAACAAUUGCAAAAGCACACACUGGAGAUAAACCACAUUCCUCUUUUAGUGAUCAUUCACCUUCGAUUAAUGGUAAGAAAACACAAACUGGUGGGAAACUGUUUAAGUGCUCAGUAUGCAGUCAAACAUUUUCACAAAAGCAAAAUAUGAUGACCCACAUGAGAAUACACACUGGAGAGAGACCUUUUGCCUGCUCAGUGUGCGGUCUGCGAUUCACUCAAAAGAUUACUUUAAUACAUCACAACAGAACACAUACCGGUGAGAGACCGUUCUCCUGCUCGGUGUGUAAGAAAGGUUUUGCACAUCCUGCCUCACUUAUGAGGCACAUGAGAACACACACUGGAGCGAAACCAUUUGUGUGCCCAAAUUGUGGUCAAGGAUUUUCUGUUCAAUGCACGUUGAAAAAACACAUGAGGACACACUGGUGAUAAAUUGUUCAGUGACAGUUUGUGCGACAAAAAUAUCUCAUAUGUAGUUUGCGUAUUCUUCUUGUGUGACCGGUAUGUGAUGUGAUGAAAGUCAAUUGGAUUAGGCCACAGCUCACCUGCGACCCUAAUGAGGAUAGCACAACAGAAAAUGGAUGGAUGGACUUUGAGAGACUGACUUUGUGGCCACUCAGUUCGUAAACCGAGUCUCGGAAAAUAUAAAAAUGCUGAACCAAGGUUUGACUGUAGUUCGAUGCGUGGCGGCGUUGACACAAAGGAAAGAAGCCACUGAGUCUCGUGUGUUAAACGUUGCACUCUAACUACACACUAGUGUUGUUUCGCCUCUGGUACGACCUCGGACGCUGGAAUCUUUGCCGUAGACUUUAACCCUCAACCCCACAUGAUUAGCAUCAUCAUAGGACAGCAAGACAGGAAAAAAGACGGCCAAGAUGACUAGUGGGAAAGUUGCUUGUGUGUCACAACCCUGUAAAUAUGCUUCAUGCUUUAUUUUUUGAAAGGGGUCUAAUUAUCCAUCCAUCCAUCCAUUUUCUGAGCCGCUUCUCCUCACUAGGGUCGCGGGCGGGUCUAAUUAUGUGAAAGGGAAUUUUAUUGAAUGGAUUGUAUGCAAAUACUGUAGUUUUAUUUGACGUGCCUGUCCACUCGUCAAGUGUGAAAAAACAACCAUAUAAAUCUUGCUUUAGCUGUUUCUGAAAAUGUGUCUAUGAGAGAGCCCUUUUGCAUUUCUACGCCUGUGACUUGGCAGCCGGGCUAGGUGAAGAUCCAGAAACCACGUUGGACUACACUGUUUAAGAAUCUAUCAUGUCAAAUCCAAAAGGUAAGCAGACCUGCGUUGUUUUGUUGGAUGCAAAGAUUUGCUCAUACUUGAUCGCUGUAUAAAGUGAUGAAAUACUGUCUUCACAGGUGAAAAUACAGUGCCAUGUUCUCUGUGGGGCCUCGUAUGUUUUUUUUUUUUUUUUAUAUUUAGGAUUCUGGGCCCCAAGUCAUCAUAGUGAAAUCCGUACUCGGCUUUGGCCCAGCAGUGUAUGGGGUGGGGUGAACUGGCGAUCACUUGCAUGAGACCGCCCCCAUAAAAUAGGCUAAUUUGAGUAAGACAAAACAUAAGCGGUCUAUAAAUUGUGCUAUAAUUCAUUCUUUGUUGAAAAUACAAGAGCAGCAGGAGUUCGAAUAAUUUAAAACUAUGCAAGAAGAAAAAGAAACAAAAGAUAAAGAUGCUGUAACUUGGUCGACUGUAAUUAAUAAAGCCCAGUAUUACUACAGCAAUAUGCAGGUUGUGCAAAAAGGGAAGUAUAUUUGCAGUUGUCAUGGCAAAUAAAGCUUUUGUGAAGCAUUCUUGUCAAGCAAUUCUUUAGAAAAUGAAUUAAUUGCUUAACCAUCUACUAAUAGUAUACCCUCCAUAGCAUUGCAUUUAAAACAUAUUUACUGACUAAAAUCAAUCUCAAUCUAAGAUUGAAUAUUACGUUCUAUUUAAAAGUGCAAACAUUGGUGAAAGUGUACAUUUGUGUUUUUGAUGAGAAUGUUCUGGGGGAAAAUGUCAUAGUUUGGGUUUAAUUCUAUUACUAUGGAAUAGGAACAAGAUUUUAGAGGUGCAUUCUUUUUCAAAAGUUUUUGGAUUGAACCAUAUUGAGUUUUUUUUGUUUUUUGCUCACAAUUUCUCCACAUUUGGAAAAUAAUCACAAGGAACAGAUGAUACUAGCGUGCAUAAAUGCUUUGCUGGUUGGAACAGAUGAAGGUAAAUGUUUAUAGAUAAAAGUAUGAGUAACAAAUGACACGGUUUAUAAUGGGUCUCAAAAUAAAAACCUUAAAAUUA